ACUGCAGCAUUUCCUGUGUGCCGGUACGAGCUGCUCUGUGCCUUUAUGCCAUGAUGGGUGAGAAUGUGACAUACGCCGACCUGCAAUUCUCCAAGCCCGCCCUGGGACACAGUGCAACCCCCCAGGUGCAGGGGACAGCCAUGCAUGAGGUCGACAGCACCUACGAGAACCUGCAUCUGGGUGCAGUGGGCGAGGGGCCGCCCGGGCACGGGGCCCAGCAACGCGGAGGCGAGCAGGAGCCUGAAGCAGAGCUCACAGCUGGCUGGGAGCCCCGGUGGAGCGCGUGGCCCCUGCCCCUGGCCCUGCUGGCAGCCUGUCUGGCCCUGCUGGCCACCACCAUCGCCCUGGGGGUCUGCUACUGGCAGGAGAGGCAGCGCCUGCAGCAGGCAUCCCAUGCCCACGCGGCCGAGCGCGAUGGCCUGUGGCAGCAGGCGGGUGCCCAGGAGCAACGGCUGGGGCAGGCGGGUGCGGUGCUGGCGCAGGCCCAGGAGAGGCUGGCACAGACCCAAGCAGAGCUGGCACGGGAGAGGGAGAAGGGAAACCGCAGCCAGAUGGAGCUGCAGAAGACCACCACAGACCUGCAGCAGGCGCAGAAGCUGGCCUGGGACCUACAGCAGCAGCUGAACAAGACUGCAAGAGACCUGGCCACUGCAAGGUCCUGCCAAGUCACAGGCUGCUGCCCGGAGACCUGGGUGCUGCACCGCGGGAAGUGCCUGUUCCUCUCCAAGGAGAAGAAGUCCUGGGAGGACAGCAAAGAGUGGUGUGAACAGGAAUCCUCCUGGCUUCUCAUCCUACGUGGCCGGGAGUGGGACCAGACGAAGAUGCCGAGCUUCCUCACCACCACGGACACCGGGUACUGGAUUGGGCUCCGGCGUAAGGGCGCCUGGGACCAGUGGUUUUGGAUCGACGGGACUCCGCACCCAAAAGAGCAGAAAAUGCCAUGGUCUGGUUAUUAUGGAGUAAUUAAAGAGGGAAGCUUAGACAGCUCAGGCCCGUGGAAUGGGAAAUACCGCUGGAUCUGUGAGAAGCCGGCCAGCUGCCCCUGGUGAGCCGCAGAGACCGUCCCCGGGUCAUGAAGACAGGAGGCUCCCUCCUACCGCUCCAGCACGGCCGCACCUGGCGCGCUUCCCUCCGCGCUCCCUGCACGCAGCACUGCCUGCUCUCCUGGCCCUGCCCUUGCCCAGCCACCUCCUGCCUCCAGCACCUGCAUCCUGCCCGUCCCACAGCCCAGACCCACGCGGGCUUCUUCGUGCAGGUGCAGCACACUGCGGACUCCUCUUGGGUCUGGGACCUCCCUGGACACCCAGGUCCUUCUCCGUAGCACUGCCCCCAGCCGUGUCUCACCCACUCUGUGCCUGUGUCCGUGACCCUUCCUCCCGAGGGCAGCACCGUGCACUUGUCCACACUGACCUGCAUCCCAUCAGCUUCAGCCCGGCUUUCCAGUCUGUUGAGAUCUGUCUGCACUGCAGUCACGUCCUCCAGCGUGUUCACAGCCCUUCUCAGGGUUGUGUCAUCUGUCACUUGCUCCACAGGCUUUCUCUGCCAGCGUCCAGACCGUGAAUGGACAUGUUGAGUAGUCCCAGGCCGAGGACAGACCCCUGCAGGGCUCCGCUCGAUCCUUUCUGCCAUCCUGACAUGGGCACUGUCUGACUGACUGAUGCCUUUGCUGGGUCGAUGGAGCCAGUUGUCUACCUACCAUAUAGCAGCUUUGUGCAGCCCAGGCUUCUCCCAUUGGUUUAUGAAGAGUUGAUGUGGGAUCUUGUCUGAAGCCUUGCUGAAGCGCAGACACACGAAGCCCACAGCAGGCCCUUCAUCCACCCCUGCAGUUACUCUGCCGUAGCAAGAGAUCAAGGUUGUUGGAGACGAUUUGUUGGUGUCUAACCCAUGCUGGCUGCUCGGGAUCAGACUUUCCUCUUCCUCAUGCUUGCAGAUGGAUUUUCUUAUCAUCUGCUCCAGUAACUUCCUGGGGAUUGAGGCGAGGGUGAUGGGUCAAUAAUUUCUUAUGUCCUCUCUUGUCUUUUCCAGAGAGGGCUCCACGUUUCCCUUGUCCCAUCCCGUGAACCCCACUUGUGUCCCACAACUAGGUCAGUGUCAUUGCCAAGGCCCCGAGGUCCCCUUUGUCCAGCCCUUCGGUGCCCCGGGGUGUAGUCCCCAAGGCCCUGGUGACCUGAGUUCACACAGACUUGUCAGACACUGUCUAGAAAGGGCAUUGAUGGGUGAUCUCUUGUUGUGGACCAAGUCCAUGGCUGGGAGAGAGGCCAGGCAAGCUUUUGGGCCCAAAGGGCGUAUGCUGUGGGUGGGAGAUGUCUCAGCUGCAGCGUCAGCUCAACUCUGAAGACAACAGAGACCAGAUAAACUGCAAGCUCUGUGGCAUGUGGCAUGACAUAUUUUCCACUUCCUAACCAUGACCACACUCGUGUUUCUUAUUUUCAUCUGGGUGACAGCACUAUGCCCCAGCCCACUUGACUUCACGGCUCCUCGUUGUGUCCGUGACUCCUAGUAAUCUCUCUCCAUUCGACCGGUGCUAGCGACCCUCUCUCCUCGCUCACGGCCCAGAUGUCCAUCAAUCCAGCUGCCCUUUGUCCUGCCAUGCUGCUGUCUGCUGGCUGCUCCUGGUCCUGUAACUCCCAUUUCACAGCCCUGCAGACUGUUCUUAGCUCUUUCCAAGGAAGUUCUAGUUCUUUGUGCUCCAGUCUUACAUUGAAUAACCCAGCCCUGGCCUGGCUGUACAAGUAAAGCUUCUCAUUUCUUUUUA